UCAGAGUAGAGCUGUCUUACGUGACUGGAGUGAUGGAUCAGCUUUGUGCGGGGAGGCUGAAGAUGCUGCUGAUCGUGUCUCUGCUCAUGUCCACCAACAACACGCGGCUUCGAGGAGACUCAACCACAGGAAAGGAUGUCUGUAUUCACUGUGUGAACAAUUACCUGUUCACCGUGGACUGCUCUCUGAACAUGACACCGUCUGAGAACGCUCCGUUUGGAGACGGCGCCUUCUUGCUCGUGUUCACAGAAGUAUUUGAAAAAAAGACAUUUGUGUGCGAGCUGAAAAACACCACAGAGGGCUAUUUCUGUUCCACCACUGCAGAGCCAAAUGAUGACCAAGACACAUUCACGGAUUUGGACAGCUACGAAAUCUCCCUUUGUCACAGAAUAGACGAGGGGCCUGAAACCUGCGAGCUGCUGGUGGAGGAGUACACCCCUGAGAAACACAUCAAACCCAACACACCAUGCGGCCUCACUGUUAACCACAGCUCCAGUCAACAUCUGUUCUUUUGGAGAAGCACCUAUGAGGAAUACAGCAACUUCAACAAACUGAUGGAAAACCUGCAGUAUCAGCUGCAAUUCUACAAAACAGCAGACAAACAUAAGGUAGUGGUGUACGACAUUAAAACGGACAGUAAAAAGUACUCAGUGGGCGAUGAGAGGUUUGAACCGGACACUGAGUACGCAGCGCGAGUGCGGUCCAGUCCAAACAUGGCUCACUACAUGGGGCAGUGGAGCGACUGGUCCCCCGAGGCCUCCUGGAGGACAGAGGCAGCUGUGAAGGGUGCCCCAACAAACUUGCUCGCUUUUGAAGUGUGUGUGGUGUUUGCCGUCCUGUGUGUGGUGGCCAUCCUCGUCUCACUUUUCUGCUACGUUUCUGUAAAAAAGUGGAGGCAGAUCACCUUCAUCCCUACUCCAGCUCCCUACUUCCACACGCUUUACACAGACUGCCAAGGAGAUUUUAAGAGCUGGGUCGUUACGCAAGAAAGCGCAGCAGGCAUAUUGAAAGUAGAGGAAACGCUCAGAAUCAACACCCUGAUGGAGUGUGUAGACGUCCCGGAGGACGCGCGCUCACCCGUCUCUCUGCAGCUGCCGAUGGAAGGCCGGGCGUAUAGAAACGUACCGGGCCCCCUGUGUGGCGCCCACGUCCAGGACCCCCGGCACACGGACGGCAGCGUGGGGCUGCCCGCGGCUCCGGGCAGCUCCGUGGAAACUUUCCCUUUGUGCUCCCCGACAGGCAGCCUGGCCCCAGACUCAGGCUGUUGGCUCGGCGGCAGCAGCUCGUCCCUGGAGGAGCCGCGCUGGUACUGCAACGAGUACUGCACCCUGAGCUGCUUUCAGCAGGCCGGCUCUGGCGCCGCACACCUCCAGAGCCUGGAAAGCGAGCGCUGUCAGAUAGGGAUUAUCGACGGAGAAGCGGAGGCGUGAACCUAAGACUGGAUUCAAAAGUGAGAGGAAAAGACACAUUAAACCUUUUUUUUUUUUUUUAAAGCCCAUUUUUCACACACAUGCAAGUAUUCAUAGAAAAUUGUACACACUCUAGUAGUCAGUGAUGCUUAUGCUGAACAUGCAUGUAAUGUAAAAAACUGCUUAAUAAAAAUCAAAUGAGUGAAAUGUUAGAAUUUGCUGGAGAUAUUUCUCUGAAUGUACACAUUUUUUUGAGUGUAUAUCUGAAUCAAAGAUGAAAUGUAUGUCGUAUGCAUUCAAUAAAA